AUGGAGGACAGUGACGAUGAAGAUAACGUUCAGGUCAUCAUCUUUGGAAAUUCAACGGAGGCUAAUUUUGACGACUUCUACAGAGAACAGGACCCAACAAAGGAUGAACAGGGCGGGGAUGGCAGGGGGGACCCGCCCGACGGCGCCUUUCCCACGGGCGAAAACGAAGAAACAUCGCGCGACGUAGACCUCGAGACGCAGGUGCAGAGAGCCACGCGGGAAAACAGAGUUUUCCUCAAGUACGACUACACUCGAGAGAAGCCCUGGGCGCACCACGCAGAUAAGAGCAUGUGGUUUAAUUACAACUUCGAUGAGCACUCCUUUAAGGAGUGGGUCCAGAAACAUAUCGACAGGCGGAUCGAGAAGCAACAGAACUAUCAAAUUGAAAAUGCCGACAAUAUAUAUGAGGACAAGUUCAGGGCUGUUGUUAGGACCCCCCGAAGCUUUGAAGACACAGAUCGCAGGGGGUACAGCGACCAUCACGAACUGAACUACGAUGAUGAUGUGUUGCGGCGUAACCAGAAGGGAGCAAACAGCAGCACAGCGAUGAAAGGAAGUAACUCCAAGAAGGGGGCCUUAAGUAAUGACAACACCGCGGGGACAGAUAACAACAGUCUGUUUCAACCCCACGAGGAUAGCAGCUUUGGUUUUCAGCCCCAGAGCGAAGAAGACAACUACAUGGAUGGUCGAAGGGGGAAGAUGCCCCCCGAGAAAGCAUCGAAUAGGACGGGGGAGAUGGAUCAAAAUGGAAGGACACAAGGGGAGGGAGGUCACUCCGUUCAGGGGGGGGACCUCACGCAGUUUCAAAAUUUAGUUAAUUUCUUUAAGGUGAAUCGGGAGGUAUAG